GCCAAACACCUCACGCCAUUUUCGGCGCUGGACACAAUCGCGUUAACAGAGGUCGCCGCCACCGCACCUCUCAUUAAAUGUUGUCGCCUUAACUCUCUUGUAAUUACUGAAUCACGCGGCGUGCUUAGACACGCAUAAUUGCACAGCGCUCGAAUCUCGCGUAAAUAACUGCACACUGCCGCCGUGAACAAGCUUAAAAUUUAAUACCUUCUGACUUGAUAUUCUUACUCACUGUUAUCUGAACAGAAGCAGCUCCAGGUCCUCGGGGGGCAUUUUCAUAAGGAGAAACGGAAUGAUAACCGAGAGACGGCGGCUGUAAUGAAGUGAAAGUGAAUUAAUGAAGGGCUCGCCUGGGCACCAAGGAGCGCAGACCUUAUCGCGAGGACGUACUUGGGCAGCAGCUGGACGGCACAAGCCUGCUGUAUCCAGGAGACGAGCUCAUAAAGCGUCCCGAGCGGAAACGAGAGGCACUUGACUUGAGUCGAGGGACAGGUCUCAGGAAUCCAGAGACUGCCCUGACACCAUCGGGCCCAAGGCAGAAAUCCUGCUCUGGACAAGAUGCUUGACAAACAUGCCCUCCUUCACUCAUAUCAGGCAGUUAAGAGUCAUUUAAAGUUAUCUGCUUUCUGGUUUCAAAUUCUUGCAGGACAAUCAGUCAAACAAAUCAAAAAUGAUGGCUGGGGCUGAUGUUACUGAUGCUCCCAAAAAGCCAUUGGUGUUUCGACUUUAUAGUGGGGUCCCAGAGGUGGUGCGUCAGGUGCUUCUGGAACGUGGCUGGAUUGAGUACAAUGAGCAAGAACAUGAUGAGAAAGACUGGAAUCUGUAUUGGCGCACCACUUCUUUCACUGAAGCUGAAUAUGAAAACAUUCUCCCAUGGCAACGUCUCAAUCAUCACCCCAAAACCAUGGGAAUCACAAGGAAAGACUGCCUAGCUCGAAAUCUGAAGCGCAUGAAGGGUAUUUAUGGCUCAGCUCUCUAUGACUUUAGCCCCGUUGCUUUUAUCUUGCCAAAUGAUUACACCAAGUUUUUGGCAGAAUAUUCCAGAGAAAUGCUGGAAAAUGGUGGAACACCAGGAUACUGGAUUUGUAAGCCAGUUGAUCUUUCCAGGGGUAGGGGGAUAUUUAUUUUUCAGGACUUUACAAAUUUAGCUUAUGAUUCCUCUGUCAUUGUGCAGAAGUAUAUCAGCAACCCCUUACUUAUUUCUGGUUACAAAUUCGACCUCCGCAUUUAUGUCUGUGUAAAAAGUUUUCACCCCCUUACUGUCUACAUGUACCAAGAAGGCUUGGUGAGAUUUGCAACUGAGAAGUACUCUCUAAAUUCCCUAGACAAUCAGUAUGCACACCUGACCAAUACCAGCAUUAACAAAUUUGGCCUUUCAUACAAUUCUGAAAAAGAGCGUGUUGGUUCAGGGUGCAAAUGGACAAUGAGCAAAUUUCGGACCUAUCUACACAGCCUGAAUAUUAAUGAAAUGUUAUUGUGGCAGAGAAUCAACAGUAUUGUGACGCUCACUUUGCUCACUAUAGCCUCUUCCAUACCAGCAAGCCCCAACUGUGUAGAGCUCUUUGGCUUUGACAUUCUAAUUGACAGCAACUUUAAACCUUGGCUCUUAGAAGUAAAUUUCAGCCCUGCCCUAUCUCUAGACUGUCCCGUGGAUGUCACUGUCAAGAAGGGGCUUUUACAUGAUUUGAUUGAUUUGUUGAAUUACAGUGAUGUGGACCAUCUCAGAGAGAGUGCAUUUGCACAGCAGGCACAGAAAAGGCCAUCUUAUGUAAGGCUUCAGCCUUUGUCUUUGACAAAACCAGUGGUUUUGCUGCUUGCUAACACUCUAAAGAGGUCAUGCAAGGACUGUAAUUUGGCUCAACCUACAUGCAGCCCUCAUUCUACAUUACAUAAUCCAUGCAAAGCAAAUUACCUGGAGAUAAACAAAGAAGAGCACUGUGAGAAGUUGUUAAGUGACACAGCUAGAAUAUCAUGUGUACAAUAUGGCAAGCAAAAAGUUACCAAGGUAUCUAAGGUGUCUCUGACUCGCAAGACGCACCCUAGCACUUCCAGCCCCCAGAAAGAAACAGGCUUAGCUUGCAAGAAGUCUCCUCAGCCUAAAAAGAAAAUUGCAUCACAGAACAUGGAAAAUGUACCUUCUAACAAAAACCUUUGUACAUUGCCAGCAAUCAACAAAACUACACACAAACCUGCCUCUUUCAAACGAUUUUCCAAGGUUGAAAGUAUAAUGCCAAGAUCUCGUGUAGGAGACUUUAUUCUCACAUUUCCUUUUAAUGAAGCUACUGUUAAGGCUUCACAAAAAUUAACAAAUGUGAAAGCUGCAAUUCUAGAGGUCCAGAAGCUCUUAAACAGUAUUGUGUCCCAUAAGGGAUGUGGCAUGAAGAGGAGAAAAGAAGAUAUUUCAUCUAAUUGCAGAUUUGUUGGAAAAGAGCAAAAUGGACAGUUGCUCUGGGGCCCUAAAGAUCCUCCAUUGCUUAGUGUUAUGUGCACUAAUAAUCAUAAUGACAGUUUCAGGUGAUACAUUUUUGUAUUAUGCUCCCCUAUUGUUUUAAUUUUUUUUUAAUUAUAUAAUGUGUAACAAGAAUAUACAGGCUUUUAUUACAGCCCCUGUAUUAAACUAGCCUUUGAAAUGGUUGUGAAUUAAACAUUUUUACUGUAAAAGCUCUAGGGACUAGAUGCUAGUGCUGGCCAGUACUGCUUAAUGCCCAACUGGGAUAAAAUAUUAAGAUGAGGUGGCUUGAAGGCCUAAUUCGAAUCCUGUUCAUUCUACUAAUGGGUCAUUGUAGCUGUGACUAUCAUCAGAUGAAGGAACAUCUUGCAGAAUGCAAAACAGAACUAUAUGAUCAGCAUUGAUGGAGAUAGCUGUCAGCUUUGGAUUCCACAUUUUAGAAGACUUUGAUGAUCUGGACUUAUCACUUUGAGAUCAUGCUGAAGGACUAUUGAAUAACUCAUAUUUUGCUUGUUAGUAUUGAGCCAUGAUAAUGUGUAGAUUGUCUUUUGUGUGCAAUGCAUUUUAAUUCCAACGUGAUUAUUUACUGGACAUAUUUCAAUGUUACAUGGUUUUCAGGUACUGCCUUCAGUUGCACCAUUUUAUUAUUAUGAUGUUUGUCAGUUUCUGUUCACUUCUUUUAUUGUUCCCCAUUACUUUGUGGCACUGAAAAUACAUACCUCACCAGCAAAACUCCUAAUUUCCAAAACAUUCCAAAAAGUGGUGCUGUAGAUACACCUACAAUAAUGCAUUCAAGCACACUUGACUACUCUAUGUGCCUUUUUGAGGUUUGUUUUUAGCAUAAGUUAAACAAUUAAACUUUAGCUAAAUGCACUGACUAAAUGGCACAGGAGAAUUUAUCCAAAUACAGUGUUUAUAUAAAUAUUACAUCAAAGUUUAGGACAGAAAUAAGAGAAAUAUGAGAAUUCUUUGCAUAAUUAGUGUAAAUGGUUUAAUUUGAUUUGAUCAAAUUACCUGGAGUAAACCACUAGAACCCAAUGAGUAAGACACUCUGAUGCCACUUAUUGUAGAUAUUUGGAAAGUUUAGAUAUUUGGAUAGAUGAUAAAUUUCAAGAAAGGUGAAUACAUGCUAGAUGAUACUAAAUGUAUAAAUAACUAAGCCGCGAAUCAUACAGUGAAGAAAUGAAGUGAGUAAGUGGCAAGGUGACAGUACCCCUUCAUCGUUUUUAAAAGAAAAAGAAAAGUUGCUAAUAAAUUAUAUAAAUACAAGCUGCAUUGAAGAAAAUGCAUAUUAUCCCUGUUAAAAAGUUGGUAGAGAACUAACAGUGUGCUUUCCCCAUGAGCACACAAUCAUCACUCCACCACUCACAUCACUUGUGCUACUUGCUGCUCCUAUGAAAUGAGGAAGCAGUUUUGCAAGACCUGUAGCAAUGCCAAAGCUUGUAAUGUGACAAGAAGAGCACUUACCAAGACCUCUAAAGGCAUGAUAUUAAAUGAAAAAAUCUUUCUCGCAUUUCAGAAAAAUAAGACUGUUUUAUUCUGUAUUUAAAAUGAUUAACAUUCUGAGCUUCUUGAGGUCUUUAUUGCUGACCUUGUACAAUAGAUUGGUAAAAUAUGUACCAGUACUUGCUGUUGUAAGAGAUUAUCCAUUUGUAUCUUUUAGAGCAGGGCAUCCCAAUUACAUCAUGGAGGGCUGCAGGUUUUCACUUUAACCAAUUUCUCAAUUAGAACCCGUUUAUUUUCUACUAAAGCAAUACGUUUUUUGGGUGGUUAGUUUUAGUUAUCUCACUCAUUACAAUUCAGAGCCCCUAAUUGCCAAUUUUUAGUUUUAAACUACUACAUUUAGGUUUUAAUUGUUUUUCUAACCAGCCACCCAUUUAAUAAUGAGGUACAAAUGACAAAGGAACCACCAGCUUCCAGCUAAUGUGCAUCUAUUUGAACCUGUGUAUAUGUAUCAUGAAGUAUCUAUUUUAAUAAAAUGUUUUGUAUUAAUUUAGAGAAAGCAAGGACCAAGAGGUACAAAUCUGUUCUGGAUCACAAAACAUAUAGACAGUGUCCUCCGAAAACAAAAAGGACUGGCUUCUAAUUAAAAAAAUUGAAAAUCUGCAGCCACUGUGGCCUUCCAGGACCAUAACUGAGGACCCCUGUUUUAGAGUAAAACUAGUGUGAAGGCCUUCUAUUUGUUAUUUUCAUUUAUUAUUAUUUGAUAUCAAGUAUACCAAAUUAAAUAUUAACUAUAUUUCUGUUCAAAAGCACUAGUAAGUUUAAUU